AUGGGGGACAAACUAUCUAUCGAUGAGGCGAACAAGAUUCGCCUGUCUAUGGGCAUGUCUGCUCUUCCCGGUGGAAGUGCAUCUGCAGCGCCCGCAGCACCCUCAGGUCUCGACUUCAAACCCGCUCACGUUGACGACGAUCCCGAUGCAGAGCCCGCAAGCACUAUCGACUCGCGCGAGGCGGCCGCCUCGGACAACUGGAGGAAGUUGGAGGAUGAGAGACUGGCCAAGCUCAGGCGUGAAGAGCGUGCUGCUAAGAUCAAGAAGGAGCGCGAGAAGGCGUCGCGUUUUGCAAAGCUCGAGGGCAAGGGGCUUGCUGAUGAAGAAGAUGUCGACGAUGAUAUGGCAUGGUUGAAGAGCAGCAAGAAGCGUCAGAAGAAGAUCGCCAAAGAAGAGCAGAUGCGCAAGGAGCUUGAAGAGCGUGAGCGUCAGGCGCUUGAGGCUAUGCAAUAUACCGACAAGGACCUGGCGGGUGUCAAAGUUGGACACGAGCUUGACCAAUUUGACGACGAAGACCAGAUUCUUGUUCUCAAAGACACUGCAGUUGAUGCCGAAGACGAAGACGAGCUGGAGGCGGUUGCGCUGAGGGAGAAGGAGCGACUGCAGGACCGGCUCGAUUCCAAGAAGCGAAAGCGUGCGUACGAUCCCAAUGACAUGGACGAGGGUGGCCAGAAGUCGAUCCUCGGGCAAUACGACGAGGAGAUUGAAGGCAAGAAGGGCAAGGCGUUCACACUGGACGGUAAGGGGCGUACAGUCGAAGACAUGCAAGCAGAAGUUGCAGGUGCGACAAGGCCAAAGAAGGUGGCUAUCAGCUUGGAUAUACUCAAGGAAGACGCGCCCGCCAGCGACUACAUGGAUGUUUCAGAAGUCAAGAUGAAGAAGCCUAAAAAGAAGAAGAGCAAGAAGUCCAAGCGAGAACACAUUGCAGAUGAAGAAGAUUGGUCCAUGGCCCCUGCCGAGGAAACUGCAGUUGAUGGCAUGGAUGUUGAUGGUGGUGAAGCCGCUGCACCACAGCAGAAGAAGAAAAAGGUCUUUGACGAGUCGUUCGUAGACGAUGAUGAUCUUCAGGCAAAUCUCGCAGCUCAGCGUCAGAAAGCCCUCAAGAAGCGCAAGAAGAUACGACCCGAGGACUUGGCACGGCAACUACGUGAGGAGGCAACGACACCUCAGCCAGACGUGCUCGAUUCUACCGAAGACGGUGAAGCUGGUCUGGUCAUCGACGAAACCACCGAGUUCGUACAGAAUUUGGGUGCUGGUGGAGACGACGAAGACGAAGCUCGUCGAAAACGUAGGAAGUCCAGCCAUAUCUCCGAGGGAACCAAGUCGAUGGGUGAUAUCGGAGUCGCUGAUGAAGAUGGUGAUGUGGACAUGGGCCAAUCCUAUGCUGAAGCAGCCGAGGCAGAGGAAACUCGGAACCGCAGCGUAUCUCGGGCUCGCUCUGCUGAUAUUACCGAGACUGGUCUCGAGGCUGAGAAGACUAUUGACCAGGGUAUGGGUGCCACACUCGCCCUACUCAAGCAACGAGGCCUAGUCAAGGAGUCCGACGCCAGCGACAAGAACACCCUCUACCGCGAACGCCAAAAGUUCCUUGCCGACAAGCUCAAGGCUGAAGCGGAAGCCGAACGCCAACGCAAGAUUGCUCGUGAGCGCGAACGAGGCUCUGCCCGCUGGAACAACAUGACCCCCCGCGAACGCGAGGAAUGGGCCCGCAAGAACAACACCAGUGCGGACAUGGUAGAGAGCCGUCGCCUCGCCGAUCUCUUUAACAAGGAGUACACACCCAACGUUGAGCUCAAGUACGUCGACGAGCACGGCCGCCAGAUGAACCAGAAAGAAGCCUUCAAGCAGCUCAGUCACCAGUUCCACGGCAAGGGCAGUGGAAACACAAAGACGAAGAAACAUCUCGACAAGGUUGCUGCUGAGAAGAAGAAGAUGGCUGAGAGUUCGCUCGAGGCUAGUCGUAGUGGCGGCGGUGGACUGGGCAAUGCGUUUGACGACCAGGCCAAGAAGAAGGGUACGGCGGGUGUGAGACUGCAGUAA